AUGAGACGCUCACGCUGGCCUGGAUGGAAAUACGCGCGACCUGCCACCAACCCCAAUGGCACGAAGCGACACUGGCGCACAUCGCUUAUUGCCGUCAGUCUCAGACGCCCCUGGAGUUACAACUGGCGAAAGUUGUACAGGGAGAUGAACUGUACCUGGCAACUCCUCACCACCAGCACGGUACAGGCUGCUUGGAGACUGACAUGCGGUUACCGCCUUGCGUUCAGCCGCCGUCACUGGCCGCAGAUUCAGGCUAAAUUGGCCAACAUAACUGGCCAUCCCAAGUGCGAAGCAAUUCGCCGUCUGAUUCGGGCCCACCAGAGGCUUGAGGAGCGACACCGCCCGGAGCAGCCGUGCGAGCAUACACGAUGGGAUCUGCCGACGACUACUACCAUCGACCACAUUCGGACGACCGAUGCCCAGACCACUGCCGGGUACUACGAUCAAUGUGCCGACAGUGAGGACACUGAGCAGGAUAGCCAAGUGCCAACGCGAGUCCAUAAGCGCUCCUACAAACGUGCUGUCACAAGGGCUGCCCAGUCCCAACAAGGCGGCACUAUGUAUAAGGGUAGAUGGUGUACACUACGUGGCUUGAGUCAUGACCUCUAUGUGGAACUCUUGAAGGCCCUGGAGGCCAUGCCUGCCCAGACACAGCCACAGAUUGUUGCUCUGCAGGAGACGCAUUGGAGCUCGGAUUCAGCCCAGCAAUACACCACGGGAGUGAUGCUCCUCAUACACCGAUCCCUGACUCGGAAUGCAGUGCUCUCAUUUGGAGUGACUUCAAUACGCCGAUGCAACAACAUGAACGAGCCGGACCCCGCGUUGCUAACUGGAAUAGCCGCCUUCCAUCUGAUGCAUCGUAGGGAUAACCUCCGCAUAGGUGAAUGGCGCAAAGGAGGGAAACACCUCCCACUCAGUGGAACCAUACAUCUCCGUCGAUUUGCUGCCCUCAAUCGGCCACCACAACCCCCCAAGACUGGAUGGGACAAGUCCACGCUCCUGCAAUUGGUGCGAGAACCAGACGAUCCCAGAGCCAAAGCCCUUAUACAGCAGGUAGCAUGUGACAUUGGCAAAUGCUCCAAUGUGCAGGACAUCAAUGAUUGCCUGGUGCAAGCCGCUGGCAUGCAUGCUCCAGUAGGGGCCCGAGCCAAUGCCAAUGCCCCGUGGCAGAUGGCCACACUGGACACUAGUGUCAAGGAUAUGUGGCAACACUAUCGUCAGUGGAAAGCCGCUGCCCGAGGUACAACUGCCACCAUUUGGAAGGCCGUGUAUACAGGUCUACAGCCGCAGCCUGCCCGUUCUUCCCAGAUGCCAGCGCUGCAAGUUACUGAAGAACAACUUGGGCGUGCACUGUCCCUGAUGCCCACCCACAAGGCAGUACCACUACACCUUGCCCCGCUGGCUGCUUGGAAACUCUGUGCACAGGUGGUUAUCCCCCGGCUUACCGAGAUUGUCAAUAAUCUGGUUGUUACCCCGGAACUCUGGCACACAGCAUGGUUAGCCUUGAUACCCAAGAUAUCCAAGCCCACGCUGCCUAAGCACCUGAGGUUGCUAUACCGUUUAGCACUCGUCACGGAUGUUCGGUGGGUCUCCCAGCACAUAACGGCAUAUGCAGACGACUUCCAUGCUGCUGCCACGGCUCAUAACCAGCAGGACCUGCAGACUGCAGAACGCUAUCUUGGCCAGUUGAAUGGAGUCGACUUCGCAAGCUUGUGUGCUCUAGACAUGGCCUGUUCAAGCAGGAUCGACUGCGACUCCCUACCGCGGGUGGUAGGCAGCUUCGAAGUGCUUGAUCAGGCGCGCCUCCCAGACAUCUGUGCCAUCCUGGAGAAAGAAAUGAUUAGACUUGCUCACAACGUGCAUCAACUCGCACAGCAGGACUCCUUCCUGGUGAUGUCUCACUGCCGAGCAGACUGCUUCUUCCUGCACGAUGCCCACAGGUCACAUGAAUCUCGUGCUCAUGGCUCACAGACCCCACAACCCAUGCCGGGCACAUGGUUCUCCCUUGUAGAUACUGCCACUUACAGUCUGUCAACAAGCAUACACACUGGAGAAAUUGCCUGGUUGUCCAAGUCAGCUGCUACCUGGGCUUUGUUGCGGGAAUCCCUGCCGUUGUCAAUGGAACCGAUGGAGCUCUCAGCCCAGGAGAAGAACUUCUUCGGCGGAGUGUGCCCGUCCCUCAUCAAUCCUGUAUCGAAACGGGAAAGAGAGGAGGACUCCCCGGAAAUGAAGAAGGCCAGACUCGAGGAAGCUGCCAGAUCGUGGCCAAGGCAGCAACCACAACCGCCGAAAGGCAAGGGCAAAGGCAAAGGGAAGGGCAAGGGCAAGGGCAAAGGGGGACAAGCCUCCUGGCGUACUUCAGGCAGUUGGAGCCAGACGGAGGAUCCUCACGAUCAUCGAUGGGGAGGCUCCUGGGGGCAAGACAUGAACUACCACGACCUUCAGAGCACCGUUCAGCGAUUGAGCCAGCUGACGCUGCGCCACGAAUAUGCCCUGGGCAACUUGCGACAAGACACAAGCAUGUUUUUGUUCGUCAAGCCGGGAGCCGAAGGCCUGAUUCCAAUCUUGUUCUCCGCGUCGGAGAAAUGGAACCGGACCCAAGAAGAGAACCCACAUCUCAUCGACUCGUCGCUUCGGAUUGUGUUGAUGAAGGCCUUCCUCAUCGAGCUGUGCAAUCGACUGGCCAACACUGCCAAGAGCGAAGAGAGCAUGCAAGCAGCCCGAGCCAUGGGGUGGUUGACGGAUGCUGGGGAGUGGAAAACUCUCAAGUGGGAUCCUGCCCUGGAGAAGCUUCAGGAGGUACCGGAUGCACCUACCAAGACGACGGAGCGACUGAUCCUCGAGGCCAACGAGCUUCGCAAAACCAUCAAUGCGGAGAACCUCUAUCGAUUCCAAUCCGUCUAUGGACUUCGCAAGGAUCACCAGACAUCUUGGGUCAAGUUGGCGAUAGAAGUGUCGCUCCGGAGCCAAGGGGAGCAGGUCUGGGACAUUCUGCAAGGAUGGAUUGGAUCAGCUGCUCUGCAUACAAUGGGGUGCCGACUUCGAAAGGAGCGGGGAGGCCUGUCGUAUCAGGCCCAGAUGCUUCGAUGGUAG